AUGGAAGGGCGGAGAUCUGAUUUAGUCUGGAUAUUUGACAACUCCACAGAGCAACUGAACACUACACACGAGUACAACACCACAGAUUUGAGUGAAAACUCUGACAAAUACCAGUCUUACAUUAUCGGUCUCUUUUUGUCCUGCCUUUACACCAUCCUCCUUUUCCCCAUUGGAUUUAUCGGUAACAUCUUAAUUCUGGUGGUGAACCUGAACCACCGGGAAAAGAUGACCAUCCCCGAUCUCUACUUCGUCAAUCUGGCGGUGGCGGACCUCAUACUGGUGGCAGACUCCCUCAUUGAGGUUUUCAAUCUAAACGAAAAGUAUUACGACUACGCCGUUCUCUGCACCUUCAUGUCUCUCUUCCUGCAGGUCAACAUGUACAGCAGCAUCUUCUUUCUCACGUGGAUGAGCUUCGACCGAUACGUUGCAUUGGCGAGCUCCAUGAGCAGCAGCCCGCUGAGGACUAUGCAGCACGCCAAGCUCAGCUGUGGCCUCAUCUGGAUGGCCUCCAUCCUGGCCACCCUUCUCCCCUUCACUAUUGUACAGACUCAGCACCGGGGCGAGGUGCACUUCUGCUUUGCCAACGUCUUCGAGAUCCAGUGGCUCGAGGUGACCAUCGGCUUCCUGGUGCCCUUCUCCAUCAUCGGCUUAUGCUACUCUCUGAUCGGGCGGAUCCUCAUGAGGUCCCAGAAGCACCGCGGACUGUGGCCCCGGCGACAGAAGGCCCUGCGCAUGAUCGUGGUGGUAGUCCUCGUGUUCUUCAUCUGCUGGCUGCCGGAGAACGUCUUCAUCAGCAUCCAGCUGCUGCAGGGCACAGCCAACCCGUCGCAGAGGACUGCUACCACCCUGUGGCACGACUACCCCCUCACAGGCCACAUUGUUAACCUGGCUGCCUUCUCCAACAGCUGCCUCAACCCCAUCAUCUACAGCUUUCUGGGGGAAACCUUCAGAGACAAGCUGCGCCUCUUCAUUAAACAGAAAGCCAGCUGGUCUGUGGUGAAUCGUUUCUGCCACCACGGCCUUGAUCUCCACCUCCCUGUCGGGAGCAAAGUGUCAGAGGUGUGA